GACCCGGAGGCUGCGAGCACGAAGUGUGUCAAAUGGUUUCUAGAGUGGCGCCAGUGCAAGUGGGACCAAGAAAAACUCCAAAGAGGUUACACUUAUGCAGAAGAUCGGCAGCACCCAAAACACAAACCCUACAUCGCCACUCCAGACUACCAGUAUUCAUAA